AUUUGAUUUUAGUUGAUGACAACAGUUGCUCAUCCUUUUAUCAAUCAGCUGGUUUAAAAAAACUAAUCUAGCUGCUCUAUCUCAUAUAACAUUGCUCUUUUUUUCAAAUCAUGUUGGAAUUGUUUCAUUGUGGUUACCAUUCUCAUCUUCGGUUAAUCAAAAAUGAGAUUCAGGAUGCUGAAGCCUCGAAAGUGUUAUUCUAUCCACUCGAUAAGCUUGAUUUGGACGAAAAAUACGGACAUAAAGUGAAGAAAGCGUUCAUUGGCUGGUGUUCACUGUUUAUCAUCACUGAAAGUGGACAUUUAUUAUAUUUAGCCUCAGUUCCUGGCCCUAAUUGUGAACCAUUAAUCCGUGAAUGCAAUCUUUCUAAAAGUUGGGAUCUGAAGAGAUUAGAGUGCGGUAAUAAAGACGUUUUUCUGGUUCUUUCGGACCGUAAGUUAAAGAGAUGGAGAUCACAAGAUUAUCAAGCUGAACCUGAACUAGUCGAUCAAUUAAACCGUGAUAAAGCAAAGGUCCAAGAAAUAAGUAUAGGAUCUAGUUUUGUUUGUGUUCUCAUGGAAGAUGGAUCAGUCAUUGGAAUGGACGAAGAUGAGACUCCUGUCGCUUUCAAGUUGAAAGACUCUAGCGAUGUAUUUGUAUCAAUUUCGUGUGGCCAUGAACAUAUUUUACUGUUGACUCGGCACGGAUUAGUUUACUCAUAUGGACGAGGCUCCAAAGGACAACUCGGUCUUGGUAGUUUGGAGGACGUUUUUGAUGAGCACAAAGAAGUCGAAGCUCUUAGUGGAUUGAGAAUCAUGCAAAUAUCUGCUGGUGGAUGGCAUUCAUUGGCUCUCUCUGAAUUUGGAGACAUUUAUGCAUGGGGAUGGAAUGAAAGCGGACAACUUGGAGUUGGCGGUAAUCAAGAUGCUUCAAAGUCUGGUUUACCAACUUUGAUAGAGAUUGAUGUAAACUUUACUUCCAUCAGCUGUGGAUCUCGCCAUUCGAUGGGUAUUUCUGAAGAAGGUUCACUGUAUGCAUGGGGCUGGAACAAAUGGGGUCAAUUAGGUUUAGAUCCCGAUGAAGUCAAAUCUUUAAACAAACCGACUAAAAUUGAUUUCGAUCGAAAAGUCACUUCUAUCAGCUGUAAAUAUUGGUCUUCGCUGAUUGAAGCUAUAAACUAGCUAGCUGGAGGAAAAUUUGAUAAAUUUUGGUAAACUCUGCUCAUUUCAUCCGCCAAAUUUCACACCGAAUUUGAAAUUCAUAAUCUUUUCUAAUUCCAUUCUUUUUUAACCUGCUUGAUAAGAUUUAUUAAUUGUGCUCAUGUGAAUGAGGUAGAUCUCACUGCCGUUUGAUGUAGAUUUUAAAUCUCAUCGCUUUGCAGUAUUCGUAGCUGAUGAUGUACAUAAUAAAACGAUUUCUUAAUCUA